CGCACAAAGUCGUAAGGGGCGGUGGGGACGACCUGCGGUCCCGGGAGGCCCCACGGGAGCCGGCGGCGGCCCCCCGCCCCCACCCGCGAUCCCGGGAAUAGAACCGCGAGGCGCCACGUGGCUGGGGAGACGCGCUGCCUGAAACCCCUUCCCCCGGCGGCAGUGAAUGCGGAGGCGGCGGCCAGGGGGCACCCGGGCCUGGCCACCUUGUUCCCCAAGAUCCCGGGAACCACGCGCGCUUCGAACCAUCGGCAGAGUUCUCCCAGUAGGUGCUCGGAUUCUGGGACGCCCCGGCUCCCUUGGCAACCCCGUUCCUACCAGAAUGGGCGGGGAGUGGGGGGAGACAGUGGAUCCUGGUCCGGUUGACUGCCAACCCCGCUUUGGGAUCGCCGUCCCGAGUCAAGUUCGCCCCCUCCCUCUAUGCGCCCCACCUCGCCCCGGUACCCCAGCCCUGGAAUCCAGCUGGGCCCGUCCCGCAGGAAAGAAUUGGCGGCCCAGGGCCGGAUAGCAGCGCCAGCCCCGCGCGCCUAGCAACCCUAGCGCUACGGCUAGGAGAAGUAAUCAAAAAGAAAAAGUUUUCCAGCCCAAGCGGACUGACCGGCAGGGUGCUCCAGGCUCCCCGGCCUCAGCCGCCUCCCAUUCCCUCCGCUCCUCGCGGGGUCCUAGCGCCCGGCGGUGCAGAGCCCGUGGGACCCCAAAGGACUGUGAGAGGCGGAGCGGGGGAGAGGUACUUCUGCGAGGAAUCGGUGGGGUCGCCUGGAGAUCAGAGAUAAAGACGCAAAAUCACCGCGCUCCAGGACGCUUCCCUCGGCCUCUCCGUGCAGCUGUGUGCGCUGGGCCACACGUCCCAAACUGUUCCCUGCCUCCCACCCCCGGCUCCGGCCCCUUCUCCACGCCGCCGCCUAGCAGAGACGCGGCUCCCGAACAGGACUAGUUCUAGCUUUUAAAGCGAGUCCGCGCCGCAGUAGCUCAGAGACCAAGACUGGCCCUCCACCAGCCUCCCGCCACCUCGCCCCCUCCCGGCCCCGCCCCGCCCCGCGCAGCGUCUGGGUGCUCCCGGACUCCCCGACCGUUGGCUGGAAGUGGGUGCCUCGGGGAAGCUAGAGGAGGGGGCCCAGUCACCGACCACGUGUGUGCGGGGGCGACAGCUCGGCCCAGGAUGGGGCAUCGCGCGCGCGUCCGGGUCCCGCUGGCGGGGCAGGGGGUUAGUGGGCGUUGCGCCGGGGCCUCCCGGCCCGCGCCGCACUCCUGCCCCACUCACCACCCCCUCCGGGAGGCAGGCGCUAAGACCCAGGAGGCGCCGCUCCGCCGUCGGACUCUAAAGGGCGACGCCCCCGGUAUAAAUGCGGGGCCCGCGCGGGCCUGGCCAUUCGCGACCGGGAGCUGCGCGGGCGCGAAGGAGUCGGGGCUCCGGGUGGGCGGUGGAAGCAUUGGCGCCCCGCGCAGGCUGGAGGCCGCCGAGGCUCGCCAUGCCGGGAGGACUGUAGCUCCCCCAUGGAGUCGGCCGACUUCUACGAGGCGGAGCCGCGGCCCCCGAUGAGCAGCCACCUCCAGAGUCCCCCGCACGCGCCCAGCAGCGCCGCCUUCGGCUUUCCCCGGGGCGCGGGCUCCGCGCAACCCCCCGCCCCACCUGCCGCCCCGGAGCCGCUGGGCGGCAUCUGCGAACACGAGACGUCCAUCGACAUCAGCGCCUACAUCGACCCGGCCGCCUUCAACGACGAGUUCCUGGCCGACCUGUUCCAGCACAGCCGGCAGCAGGAGAAGGCCAAGGCGGCUGCGGCCCCCGCAGGAGCCGGCGGCGGCGACUUUGACUACACGGGCGCCCCCGGGGGCCCCGGCGGCGCCGUGAUGCCCGGAGGGGCGCACGGGCCCCCUCCUGGCUACGGCUGCGCGGCGGCCGGCUACCUGGACGGCAGGCUGGAGCCCCUGUACGAGCGCGUCGGGGCGCCGGCGCUGCGGCCGCUGGUGAUCAAGCAGGAGCCGCGCGAGGAGGACGAGGCGAAGCAGCUGGCGCUGGCCGGCCUCUUCCCCUACCAGCCGCCGCCGCCGCCGCCCCCGCCGCACCCGCACCCGCACCCGCCGCCCGCGCACCUGGCCGCCCCGCACCUGCAGUUCCAGAUCGCGCACUGCGGCCAGACCACCAUGCACCUGCAGCCCGGCCACCCCACGCCGCCGCCCACGCCCGUGCCCAGCCCUCACGCAGCGCCGGCUCUCGGCCCCGCUGGCUUGCCAGGCCCUGGCGGCGCGCUCAAGGGGCUAGCCGCUGCGCACCCCGACCUCCGCGCGGGCGGCGGCGGCGCGGGCAAAGUCAAGAAGUCGGUGGACAAGAACAGCAACGAGUACCGGGUGCGGCGCGAGCGCAACAACAUCGCCGUGCGCAAGAGCCGGGACAAGGCCAAGCAGCGCAACGUGGAGACACAGCAGAAGGUGCUGGAGCUGACCAGUGACAAUGACCGCCUGCGCAAGCGGGUGGAACAGCUGAGCCGCGAACUGGACACGCUGCGGGGUAUCUUCCGCCAGCUGCCCGAGAGCUCCCUGGUCAAGGCCAUGGGCAACUGCGCGUGAGGCGCGGGGCGGCGGGACCGCCCUGGGCCGGCCGCCGGCUGCGACCCAGGGAGUGGUUUCGGGUCUCCGGAUCUCAAGACUGGCCCAGCGGCGCAAGCCGGGACUAGGAGAUUCCGGUGCCGCCAGAAAGCCUGGCCUGCCGCGCGUGCCCCUUGCCUUCCUCUGCGCCAGAUUCGGUGCGUUUAAGAUGAGGGAUCAGGCGAUGGUUUCUCCCUGCAGGAGAGAAGUGCCGUGGGGCUGAGCCGGGAGUCCUGGCAACUCUAGUAUUAAGGAAUAACCUUGUGCCUUGGAAACGCAAACUCACCGCUCCGAUUCCUACCGAGUAGGGGGAGCAAAUAUGUGCCUUGUCAUUUUAUCUGGAGGGUUCCUGCCUCAUUCCUGAGGCUGCAGGCCCCCAGGAGAGAAGGCAAUGUGCAGGCCCAUGGCAGGAGGAAGGUUCAGGGAGCAGAGAUCCCGACAAGCCAGCCUUAGCCGCUCCUCCAUCGCCUGUCCUUGGAAGGGAGGAAAUACAGGGACUUGGAAGGUUGUUCCCCCAGUUCUACACGAAGGUGGAGGGUCCCUAGUUCCUUGCCUCUAAUCUCCCAGCCUGCAACAGGCUGGGCUUCCCUGGGCAGAACUCACUUAGAUGGGGGUCACCAGGUGACCGGUGGGAGCCCCCUGCCCCCAGUCAGACCAGAAAGCUAGGACAUGGGUUAGCUCUCCGGACAUGUGUUCAUGGGAGUGGCGGCCUGGUGGCGCAGGGAAACCUAGAGCUCUGGUCGGGGGUGGAGGUGGGGGGGGGGUGAAGGGACCCUGGGACCAUCAGCCUUGUACUGUAUGUUGCCAGCAUUGCCAUACAAACAUGAAGCACAAUCUGUCCAUCCCAGAGGGACCGAAGUUAUGAGAAGCUUUCCAAAUAUUUUGCUUUAUCAGCCGAUAUCAACACUUGUAUCUGGCCUCUCUGUGUCCCAGCGGUGCCUUGUGCAAUGUGAAUGCGCACGUCUAUGUUAAACCACCAUUUUAUUUGGUUUUUGUUUUGUUUUGGUUUUGCUCAGAUACUUGCCAAAAUGAGACUCUUUGUCAGCAGCUGCAGGGAGGGUCUGCGGCUCUCUUUCCUUUUGGUUUUUGGGGAUUGCUUUUGCUCCCAGGGGAACCAAAGAGGUGAGGUGGGCUUCCUCUUUCCCUGGGGGGGGGGCUGGGGGGGCUGUGGGCCUCGGUGCCCUCCGGCCUGGGCCGCCCGCAGGCCUGUCCCCCCAGAGGCCCUGGCUCCUGGUCUGGAAGGGAGGCGGCCUCCAGCCAGCAUGCACAGAUCGCUGGGGCUGGGAGCAGGGAAGGACAGCUUGGUUCUCUCCUUUGGGGAGAACGUAGAGUUUCAUGCUAGAUGUUUUAUGUAUUAUAUCUAUAAUAUAAACAUAUCAAAGUAAAUUUUGGUGUCUUUUUAAAACCAGAAAA